AUGAAAUCUCCGACAGAGUCAGAAAUUGUGGAUCAAUUACGUAAAACGGAAGAUUUGGUAGAAACUGAAACAAAAUCGUUCGAAGAUAUUAUACCUGAUGAAAGGAAUUUCGAGGAAUACGGUGCCAUGAUAUCUAAAACACCAACUACAGAGGAAAGACAUGUAACUGAUAUGAAAUCUCCGACAGAGUCAGAAAUUGUGGAUCAAUUACGUAAAACGGAAGAUUUGGUAGGAACUGAAGGCGGACCUUUCGAUGAUAAUAUAUCAGACAGAGAGAUUCUGGGAGAGCGCGGUGCAAUGAUAUGUAAUGAAGGAACCACAAAAGGACAUACUGAAAUGGAGAGGUGGAGAGACCUGCAGAAAACCCAUUUAUGCAGAAUGGGAGAUUUGGAAGAAGCUGAAGGAGAACCGUUCGAAGAUAUUAUGCAGGGUGAAAAGAUUCUUGAGGACUACGCUAUCUCAGGGUAUGAAUUUGCAUCGAUUAAAGAAAAACCUGUUUCACCUUGGAAUGCUAGGUGUGAAGCUGAUAAACCCAUGAAGCAAUAUGGAAACAUGUACGUGACAGACUCAGAAAGUGAACAUCUCCAAUCAAAAGUGGUGAAGUCUGCGAGGAAUGCAACAGAAGUAGCAAUACCUAUUGUUCUUGCUAAAUUCCGAAUGUCAGAGGUCCGUGGUGUCGAUGGAGAUGAGAAAGAUAUGCAGAUGAUUAGCGAAACAGCUUCUUCUGAGACUAGACGGGUCGUUCUAGAGCGGAUGCAGUCUCAGGUUAAUGAUGUGAGUGAAGAGAGAAGUCCCGUGGAAAGCAAUGACAGGGUAGCAAAAGGAGAUGUUUGUACAAAAGAACAAGUUACACUUCCUGCUAAAGCACCAGCAACAGAGUGUUUGAAACAGGAAUGUGCUGAUCAUACACUUGUACCAGCUGUGGAAAGAGAAAAUAGGCUUGUUGAGAUAUACAAAACAACAGUGUCUGAACAUGAAAUUUUGCAACCGCUGGAAAACGUACAACAUCAACCUUUUAUGAAGAAAGAUCUUGAGGAAACAGAAACGAAACAAUUUGAGAGUGUGGUCUCGGAGUGUCAUUUUUCCCAGAGCUACGAUUUCUCAGUAGCCAAAGAAAUAAUUAUAGGAGAAUGUAAAAAGCCCUUAAGGAAUGAAAGCGGAUAUCCUGAUACUUCGGUAGAGAUGUUUAGAAAAAAUCUGGAGGGAACCGGAACCCGAAAAUCCGAAGAUAUUUUACAGCAGGAAUGCGGUGCUUCACUACUUAAAGAAUUAGUAAAGGAGGAAAAACUUACAGUAAUUCAUGGAAAAGAACAAAAAUAUGCGGUACCGCAAGCAGGAGAAAAGAAGCAUUUACCCUUUAAUGAAAGAGAAUCUGAAGAAAGUGCUUGUACUUUACAAAAAGAUAUUGAGAAUCAGCAAUCGGAGAUGGAACACUCUGAAGGAUUUAAAGUAAAACUAUUCAAGGAAGAAAUCUCAAAGAAUAUGAAAUCUGAAGGAAUAAAAUUUGGAAGAGUGGUAUCUCAGAAAUUUGUAGAAGAGAUGAAGGGUGAUAAAUGGGAUAGCGUUGGAUUUGCUAAGGAACUUGUUAAAGGACAGAUUGUAGGAGAAACCCCAGAUGUUAUUGGUUCUUGGAACUAUAAGGAAACUGGAUUUUCCAGAGAAAUUUCUAGUGAUAUAGCUGAAGUGAAAGGAAGUGCUAGAGAUGAGGAAGCAUUUUUGCUAAAAAUACAAUCUGAAAUAGAAGAUAGACAACGAACUACUGAAUUUGCAGUAACGAAAAACAAGGAAGAAUGUAUAGACACGGGACCAUUUCAAAGUGACAUGCUGUUUUCAAGUGAUGUUUCGUUUGCAGAUUUGGUAUUUGCUGAUCCGCUACAUGGAACAGAUGAUACAACUGGAACUGAGAUGGAGCAAUUGAAGACAGAAAGCAGAGAUUUACAAAAAAUGGGUAAGUUAAUAUCUAACUUGACAACAGAACAACUACCGAUGAAAGAAAAGGAAACUGUGAGAUUGAGCAAAGAAGAAAUCACACCGCAACAAAUGCAGGAAUCUCUAAUAAAAAUACAGGGAGAUGUGGAAAAUUUGGUGAUGUAUCAAUCAGAACAAAGCAUCAUUUGCAAAGGAUUGAGACCAGUUGCAGGAACUGAAAAGAUUAAAGAAGAGAGUCAAUCCAAGUUUUAUUCAAUAACUGCUGCAUUCGAGCAACCUAGAUCAGGAUCACCGAAAAAGAAGGAUUUUGAAAGAGUAUUUUAUAAGUCUGGUGCGUUCUUGGAUUACGUCCAAGAAUACAAGGAUAACAUAAAGGAUGUGGAAUACAGUAAGACAAAUAGCGAUGCAGAUGCGGAGGAUAGAAACGAAUUAUGUGUGGAGGAAGAACAACGGUGGACAGAUGAAAAAAAGCUUUUGAAGUCUGCAGAAGAAACUGGAACGGUUGCUAAAGAAAUUAUUUUGACACCUGAUACAUUGACGACUUUUGAUACAACAAAAAUUUGUGAUCACGAUGUAAAAAGCGAUAUAAGAGAGACACCGAUUGAACAACUUCCUGAUACAGAUUAUCUACAGCUUAUGCCGUUAAUAACUACUAGGCAGUAUGUUGAAGCUGCAGUGAUGCAAGGAAUGGUAGCAGAAGAAGGAAUUAUCAAAAAAGAAAUUGUUUAUGACCCAGCUAAGAAUCUGAAUGAACCAGUACUAAAAGAUGAAGAAGAGAGAAUAGGCAGAAUAACUGGAUCAUCUGCAGUUGAGACUUUAGAUCGGGAACGUUUGAUAAAUAUGAAUUUCCAAUCUUCAGCUGACCAGAAUUCUGUUUUUAUCUCUUCAGAUAUGCAAAUGGAUACUUCAUUUCUGGAAAAGAUAUCUGAAAAGAAUUGUGGGAAUGAAGUUUUAAUAGAAAGCGUUGACGAAAAUGUGCAAAUAGGGACAUUUUUUAAGGAAAACAUGAGGAAAGAAGUGCCAGAAAAUAAUGAAUUUCAACCGAUGGUACCAUCGACCAAAAGUGUAGAAGAAGGAGUGACACUAAAGACUGGAAUGGCAGGAAGUAAAGAGAGAAGUUUAGCUGAACUGAUGACAGAAGAAGGAACAUCUUAUGAAGUUGACUUGGACGGAAAAAGUCAUCUAAUCAUGGAUCAUAAAUCACGUGUGGACGAAAGAACGAAAUCCUCAGCAGAAGAUAAGUAUCCUUAUGAACUAACUGUUGAUAUAUCAUGGGCUUUAGAAGAAAAAGAUGACCCCGAUGCGGAAACAGAAGUAGAAAAACAAAAAUCUUCCUACAUGGAGCAAGUAAUAACAUACCCUAGCGACGAUACACUUAAUGUUAUAACGGAAGAAAGAGUAACUGGAAGUAUAGCAAAAAAAUGUAAAGAUUCAAGCAUAUCUUUUAAGCUAAAUGGCGAUAGCAAUAAAAGUUCUGCGAAGCUCGAGUCUAUGAAAUGGGAAAAACUAACGGACGGAUUUGAAAUGACUUCAGAAAAACUGAAAAUGAAGGGACUGAUGGGAGAAUCAGUGGUGAAAGCAGAAAAGGUAACAUUUGAGCACAAUAAAGGAUUUGUAAUUAAGAUACCUAGAACAGAUAAAGAGGAAAGUGAAUCAUUCUUCAUACAUCAUUUUGAACCAAAGGAAUAUCACAUGAAGUCUUCUGAAAUCAUCACUGCAGUGGAGUCAACGACCACACAAAAAUGGCUAGGAGCUGAAAAAGAAAGUCAAGAAGAUCUUAUCAUUCAGAGACGGCAAAUAUCAGAGCUAAGUAGAGAUGAGAAAUUAGAAAAUGUUGAUGCAAAAGCAUUAGCGAUGAUGAAUAAUCAAAAAGAGUAUGAGAAGAGAUUAAUAACCAUGGAAGGUGAUCACGAGUUAAAUGAAAAAGCAGAAAUAGCACAGAACCUUGAAAAAUUAAAAAUUUACGGUAGCGAUGGUAUGAUGCCUCAACAGCCUGCUGGAAAUGAUAAGAAGUCGUGCUUAUUAAAAAGAUCCUCUGAACAGUUGAUUACUAAACAUGAAUUAAUGACUUCAUUUCAAAAAGGCGAACUGGAGAGAGAUAUUUCUAAUAAAAAGAUUACUUCAAGUUCGUGUGAGCUGUCGAGAGAGGAACAGAGAAACAUAGCUUCAGAGGCAUUUCUAGAUACUAUCGAAAUUUGUUCAAUAAUUCCCCAGCAAAGGAAAAAUGUUCAGAUUUUUGCAAAAGAAUCUGAUAGAUAUCAGUUUACUGAUUUUUUCUUAAGCGAUGAAAAAGUGCAAAAAGAAGACAAGUCAUUAAGUUACUCUGAAGGACCUAAUAGGUUUUCUGUAAUAGAGAAAGUAACCUCGGUAGGAAAGGAAUCCUUUAAAGAUUUCUUUGUUUCUGCUGAAGCAUCGAGAAGUGGAGCAACAAGUAUUCUUGAAGCUUCAGGAGUUUCAUCAGUUUCCCGAUCUCUAGAAACAGUUCAGGUGGUCGAAGGUCAGAAAAGUUUUCCCAGAAGUGCUUCAUUUGAUGUUGCCGACAAUAGUAUGGAGAAAAAAAGGGAGCAAAAGAUAUCUCAUUAUGAGGAAUUAGAAGGACACAUAAACGCCUCAGUUAUUUCAAGUGCAGAAGCUAUUGUGGAACGAAAUAAUGCAAAGGUAAUUUACGAUGAAGUAACUGGCACGCUUUGGCAACAAGCAGACGGCGACGCAAGCGAGAAAACUUUUUCAAGAAGGCAACUGGAAUUAGCAGCAAAAGAAAAAAGUACUGUCCAACUGAAAAAUGAACAAAAUAUAACCCUUUCGAGUGCUUUUGAUAGAUACUCUGCUGGACAACAAAACUGUCAGAAGUUUACGUUAUCAAGAAAGAAAGAAGUGGAGAAAGGCGCAUCUUCAUCGUUUUUUGCAUCAGUGUUCUUAAAUUAUGCAGAGGACACUCAGAUGGAAUCAUUGCAAAAGGUGGAAAAAAGAACUAAAUCACUAGAAGAAACUGCAGUUGUUCCUCAAAAAAAAAUCGAAGAAGAGAUUUUCAUUAAUAAAUUAAGUCAUUCAGUAGGAGAAUAUUUAGAAACAAAAAAGGAUGUGUAUGAAAUAGGGAGCGUAAGAGAUAGUAAUAAUGGGGGAAAAAUGAAAACGAUAGCUGAAUCUACUUCAGAGUUUGCUUUUGAGGAAUCAUUGACGCUGACAAAAGCGCCAUUAGCAAGGCAAAAUAUUGGUAAAGGAUCAUUUGAAACGGAUAAGGAAACAAAAAUUACUCAUGUCAUUGAUUUAGAAGUGAAUGCGGGUUAUUUAGUUGGCGAAAGCAAGGGGAAACUAGGUGAAACAGUCAGCAGGAGCAAUGUAAGUGAGCAGAGUAAUUGCAGCGUAAAUUCCUCGAUUGGAAAACAUUGCAGUAAUAAAUCACCGCCCAGCGAGGAAAGAACUGCUGCUGAAAAGAGUGUACCCCAAGCUGAACAUGAACAUGAAGCGGACUAUGAAUGUGAUUUAAAGAAGAAGUUAGAAACGUUUGCAGAAGAAACGAGGAAGUUAAAAAGACACGUAGAAGGAUGCAAUAGUUUACUUAAGGAAUAUGAAAGAAAUGAGGAAGAGCUUAAUAUACAGACAACAGUAAUGGUUGAUGACGUGAAAGCAAUAGAAAGCUUAUCGCGUAGUGAAUCCACCUAUAAGACGGCAACGGCUACAUCAAGAGAUGGUUAUGAUACAUGCCUUACAUCCCAAGAGGACACUUUCGAAACAGCUCCUGGCUAUCAUUCUCAGGAAUCUGAGUACACUACAGCAACUAGCGAAGCUAGCAGUAGAUUGUCAGUAAUGAGUGAUGAGUGUAGAGAAAGUGCUACACCGAUUGCAAUUCUCUCACCAGUACAGUCUGAUCGUCUUUUUACUGCAUCUCAAGAUGAAGAACAAGAACCAAGUAGGCAAGAAAGUAGAGUUAUUGAUUCAGGACGUUCUAGUCGAGAUGUGCCUGAUAUAGAACUUGUAUCUAUUGAAGAUGAGGAUGAUAUGGGAGAAGGCUUACUGCUAACAACUAGUGGUAUUCUACUCGCUCCAGAUAUGGAUCCUGGACGACCUGUUUCCCCAGUUCCUCCGGGUUUCAGUGAUGAGGAUGAAAGUAUUGCUGUUGCUAUUGCAUCUAAUUACUCCAGGAAAGUUGUCGAUCAAGCUGGCUUAGCGGAAAUUAAAGUUCUUGACUCUAUUAUAGAAGCUCCAGGAGACGAUGCUCUUGCUGAUCAGGUAUUUUCGUCAUGGAAACAAGAAGUACCUAAUUUUACAACCUUUCAGGAAUCAGUGCAUGAAAAAGCAAUGGAUUUUGAAAAAGAAUGUUUCCCACAAUAUUCAUAUCUAUCUACUGAAAAUAAAACGAGUAUUGUUCAUAGGAUCGAAGAAGAUGAAAUUGCAGAUGUUGCAUUGUCCUCCGAAGCAAUUUUAUAUACCGAAUCUGAUUCAUUAGAUUCUCUUGAUAAAAUAUCAGUUAAAAGUGGAAGCAGUGGUAAGAAAUAUAGCACAUCACGUCGAAGCAGCACCAUCUCUCGAAAAGGUUCACAUGAUGAACCACAAACAUUUCUUGAACGACUUACACCAGAGUUGAAAAUGUCAUGGAUAGAAAAGAAUCAGGAAGUGGGAUCAGCUAAGCAAACUACAUUGUCAUUAUCUGAUGAGUAUCAAAUGUAUAUGGAAAACGGACAAGUAAAUCCAGUAGAAGUGGAGUUAGAGACACUGCAUGAAGAGCCGGAAGAAGCGGAUUCGUUAAAUGGAAGAAGUGCGUCUUUAAAUGGUCAGGGAACAGAUAUCAGUGUAACAGUUGGGAAAUACAAAACGGUUUCAAGCGACAAUGUCUCCGAAACGAGUUUGCAGGAAUUUGAACGAAUCGAGCGAGAUGUAUUAAACAAAGGUGAAUCAAGUCUUAGUGGAAGUGAAGCUGAGCUGUACGUAGCCGGGAAAUUGAAAACAGCUGAUGGUUCAACAAGUUCCUUAGCCGAAUUUGAACGACUGGAACAAGAGGUCAUAGUCGAAGGUUCCCAACAAGAUGAAGCAAUGAUACUAUCCGAUAUACGUGAAGAGUCGGAGGUCGAAGAGAUGAGUAUAAGAGACGAUGACGAAGAAGAACAGGAUUCCAUUUCGGAUAUAAAAGCAAUACCAGUUGAAGAAGAUAUCCAAGUGGCAACACCAUUAGCUUCACCAACCGAUAGCAUUGAAAGGGAUUUCGAAAAUUUUGUUCCAGAAGCGAUGGGAACAAGCAUUGAUUCUUUAGAAAUUAAUGCCCCACCACAGAGCGAUUUAAUAGGUGAACGUUAUUUAACUGAAUAUGAAGUCAUUGAAAAAGUACAUGAAGGGAUGCAUGAUUCUCUUGAAAUAAUUCCGCAGGACAAGGAUUUUAUGCAGAAAGAGGUUGCCAUGCGGGAAGUAAGUAAGGAUAGGCAAACACUAUUGAGUGAUGAUACGGUGAGUAUAUAUCAAGACCAGGAAGAAAAAGAUUCGUUAGCUGGUGAUUUGGACACUGUGCUUCAUGAUUAUCCGACCACGCUAACAACGUUUGAAACGAUGCAAAUCAACGAAGAUGGUUCAACAGAAAUAAUCUCAAGAAAGGUUCUGACUCGUGUCACUGAUCCAGUUAUUAGUCAUGUACAAUUUACUGGAACGGAAAAUGAGCAUCGCUUACGUGAUUUGGAACGAGAAGAACAAUUUGAAACUGUGGAUGUGGAAGGUAACAUUACGCGAACAACACUUCAUCGCAGUGCUCCUUCAUCCUCUGCAGGUACUUCGCUUUCAACUCAUCGUGGUUGA